CAAUGAUUAUGCGUUUAAUCUAUGAGGCUGAAGCAUUUAGCAUUUGGGUUCUCUUCCAGUCUUCGGUGGCUUGGCCAUCUCCAGUGAAGGCGAUAUGAUUAUUUUAAAGAGUGUACUGCUACCCUACAGUUCCAAUUGCUGCCCGUCAGUUGGUGCAUCGAAAAAGAUUACAUGAAUUGUUCUACAGUCGAAGUUCAAAUUUUGAGCUUGUGCAGACUAUGAAAUAAUGUUGUGGUUUGUAUGAUUUGGUGGAUUGUUUGAUGAUUCAAAGAUAACGAAUCAAAAAAGACUUCUCCAAAAUUGCUCGAGACGAAUCAUAACGUUUGAAAGGUUUUCAUCCGACUAGUUCAUACGCGUUUUGCAAUUGAGUAAUAAGUCAAACAACACAUGUAUAUAUGACCAGUGUGGUGCUCGGCCGAUACUCGAUUCAUAUAAUAAUGGCUGGCAAGAAAAACUCAGCGCCCACCAAAUUUUCUGGGAAAAGAGGAGCCACCAGUAGUUUACGCACGACACGAAAUCAAAAGCUAGAUCCUCAGCAAAAUCCCAAGCAAGAAAUAGAAGAUUCAGAAUCUGAAGAAGAGCUGAAACGGCAACAGAUCCUCUUGAACAUAUUCAGCGACACGUUCCGCGAUGUGCUCGAGGCAGAGGACUUCAGCGCCCAGCUCCAGGAGGUGAAAGCGGCGCUAUUCAACCGCGAUUUCGAAGGCGCGUUUGCGCGCGAGGCGGCCUUGGACGUUUAUGCGGCGCGCUGGUCGCCCACGCGAGCACUAUGCUACGGGCAGGUUCUCCGUGGGCUCGACUCGCAUUUGAGUAACCUUACAGGCGUGAAUUCACACCAUAACGCCGAAGACAAUGACUCGCAUAAGGGGGGCGAUGAGUUCGAAACCAGAGGUUCCUCAACUCAUCAUGGCGAGAGCGCCCUGGAUGAAAAGACCAGAGACGCAGUCUUAGACGAACUAGGGGGAUCAACGGCGGCAAUACAGCAGGGAGAUGGCGAAAGGGAAGGAAAUGACAAGGUCCUCAGAAUCCUCGCAAUAGGCGGCGCUGCAGCCGAAAUCGUUGCCUUCGCAGACUAUAUAUCAAGCCACAACGCCAGCACGAUUUCCACCCGAGCGGAAAUCACUCUCCUUGACGUAGGGCCAUGGGCAUCCGUAGUCCAAAGGCUGCAGACAGCCCUAACGACAACGCCGCCGAUAUCGCGCUACGCCAGCGCCGCAGCGCGAGAAGCGAACAAGCCUCUCACAUCGCCCCAACAUUUCCAGUCAAGCUUCGCACAGAAAGACAUCUUAUCCCUAAGCGAAGGGGAACUAAGCGAGCUCAUCGCAGGACGAGAUAACAGCCCUGUUCUAAUAACCCUUCUCUUCACGCUGAACGAGCUGUACACCACGAGCGGAAUCAAGCGAACGACGUCGUUCCUCCGCCUUCUAUCAAGUAUCGCGCGAUCGGGAACUUUGCUCCUCGUGAUCGACAGCCCGGGGAGUUACUCCGAGGCCGCGGUGGGCAAGGAAGCGAAGCGGUAUCCGAUGCAAUGGUUGCUAGACCACACGCUUCUCGACUCUUCGAGACCGAGGAGACGGACGGCAGAGAACGAUGUUGAACAGGGAAAGGCAGAGAAAUCGGAGCAGAGAUGGGAGAAGAUAGAGUCGAAUGACUCUGUUUGGUUCCGCGUCGCCGAGGGCUUGCGGUAUCCGAUCUCGCUGGAGAAUAUGCGGUAUCAGAUGCAUUUGUACCGCGCGUGUAGCAGUUAAGGGGUAGGGGGUUGUACUAAGUUUGCAGUAGCAUAUGGUAUACCUGGAAACUUGUUUGGUCAUGUAUCUCGGUGACUAUUUACCUAUAUAUGUAGGUACUUAACUCAGAGCUUUGGAAAGAUCUAGGCUAGAGUUAGACGUUACCAAUUGGAAAUAUCAGCGGCAAA